AUGUCGUCCCAAUUUGUAUUGAAGACACCGCAAGAUAUUGAAUUGUAUCAAGGUUAUCCAGAAUUCAGUGAAUCCUGGGAAAAUACAAAAGAUCUUCCUAUAAUCUCUUCAAUUAUAUCUCCAUGUGGUAGAUUCUUCGCUAUUUCAACCAAAAGUAAUUUGAAAGUUUUCACUGGUGAAAACUUAAAUAACCUUCUAUUAGAUAUAGAACUUAUUGAUGCUUACGAUUUGAAAUUCUCUCCAUCUGGAAAUUAUUUGAGUUCCUGGGAAAGACCUUUAAUUAAUGAUAGUAAUCAUCAAAAUGUUAAGAUUUGGUAUUUGAACCAAGGAUUCGAAAAGGAUAGCCAACCAACUCCAGUGUAUCAAUAUCAAUAUAAGUCACAAAAUUCAUGGUCAUUACAAUUUUCUAAAAUGGAUGAUUUUGUCUUUAGACAAUUUGGUAAAGAUUUAAAGAUAAUCAAAAUUUCACACGAUGCUAAUGUGGAAAGCAAGUUUAACUUCGAUGAACCAUUUGCUACACUAUCAAAUGAAGUGCCAUUUUCUGCUUUUUCAGUCUCUCCAGCUGAUUUCCCAACAGUUUGUACUUUUACACCGGAAAAAUCCGGUAAACCUGCACAAUUGACCAUUUGGCCAGUUACCCAAGGUAAAAUCGUGAAAAAAAUUGUUACAAAGACUUUUUUCAAAGCUGACUCAUGUCAAUUAAAAUGGAAUGAUCACGGUAAUGCAAUUUUAGGUCUUGCUAUUACUGAUUUUGAUGCCACUAAUAAAUCCUACUAUGGUGAAAAUACAUUGUAUAUGUUAUCAUUCCAAGGUGUCAAUGGUACUCUCGGUGGUAGUUCAGUCAGAGUGAAUUUAAGCAAUGGUCCAGUUCAUGAUUUUACUUGGUCACCAACUUCCAGACAAUUCGGUGUCAUUGCCGGUUUCAUGCCUGCUACUAUAUCAUUUUUUGAUAUGAAGGGUAACGUUGUUCAUUCAUUACCACAACAAAGCAAGAACACAAUGUUAUUUUCUCCAAAUGGUAAGUACAUUUUAAUUGGUGGUUUUGGUAAUUUAACUGGUUCGGUAGAAAUUUUAGAUCGUCAUAAUAAAUUCAAUAGAAUCACUCAAUUUGAUGCAUCAAAUACAUCUGUUUGUAAAUGGUCUCCAGGAGGUGAAUUUAUCAUUACUGCUACUACCUCCCCAAGAUUGAGAGUGGAUAAUUGUAUUAAGAUAUGGCAUGUUUCUGGACAAUUAUGUUUCAUUAAAGAAUUCAAAGAAUUAUUGAAAGUUGAUUGGAGAAACCCUUGUAAAUUCAAGUUAUUGAAUGACAGUCAUAUAAUCAAGGAUUGGACUGUUGAUAAUGAUGAAGAAUUGAAGAUAGAUCCGAAGAUUGUUAAUAAAUCACAAUUAAAAUUGCAUGAAGGAGUUAUUGAGUAUCAAAAUAAGAGAAAAGCCGUAGGAAAUGGUUCUGUCAAUACUAGUAACAAGAGUAAUAAGUCAGCGGGUGCGUACAAACCGCCACAUGCAAGAAGAGUUGGUACCAGUGGAGGUCAAAGAGUCGUACCAGGUAUGGCGCCUGCUGCUGGUUCUAAUACCAAUAAUGCUAGAAAGAGAAGAUCAAACAAUAAAAACAAUGCCAAUGCUAAUGGCAAUAAUACUAAUAAUAGCGCCAAUGCGAACGGUGCUGGAACCAGUCAAGUGGCUGUGACACCGGAAGAGAAAAAGAUUAGGUCAUUAUUGAAAAAAUUGAGGUCCAUUGAAACUUUGAAACAAAGACAAAUUAACGGAGACAAAUUAGAAGAUACACAGAUCCUUAAGAUCAAGACAGAAGAUAAAGUAGUCAGCGAACUUGAGUCGUUAGGCUGGAAGGAAGAAACUGCAUAG